AUGGGAUCAUAUUUGGUUUAUCACAGCCUGGGUUUGAUCCUCUGCUGCUCGGUGUUGAGUUCUGUCUAUGCUCUGGUGGAUGCUGACGAUGUCAUCACCAAAGAGGAGCAGAUCUUCCUGCUGGUAAAAGCCAAGUCCAAGUGCGAGCGCCACCUGAAAGUCAAGAUGCACGAUGGUUUCUGUCUGCCCGAGUGGGACGGCAUUGGCUGCUGGCCCGAAGGUGUGCCGGGCAAAGUGGUGGCCAUGCCGUGUCCUGAGUACAUCUAUGACUUCAACCACAAAGGCCAUGCCUAUCGGCGGUGUGACGUGAAUGGGAGCUGGGAGCUGGUGCCAGGCAACAACCGCACCUGGGCGAAUUACAGCGAAUGCGCCAAGUUCCUUACCAACGAAACCAGGGAGACGGAGGUCUUUUAUCGCCUCUAUUUGAUUUAUACUGUUGGAUACUCCAUCUCUCUGGGAUCCCUGACAGUUGCUGUCCUUAUCUUGGGAUACUUCAGGCGUUUGCACUGCACAAGGAACUACAUCCACAUGCACCUAUUUGUCUCCUUCAUGCUGAGAGCGGUCAGCAUCUUUGUGAAGGACGCGGUCCUGUACUCCGGGUCGGCUCUGGAGGAGAUGGAGCAUCUGUCUGAAGAAGAUCUCAUGUCCAUUACCGAGGCCCCUCCAGCGGAUAAGUCGCAGUUUAUGGGCUGUAAGGUCGUCGUCACCUUCUUCCUGUACUUCCUGGCGACCAAUUACUACUGGAUCCUGGUGGAAGGGCUCUAUCUCCACAGCCUCAUCUUCAUGGCCUUUUUCUCUGAGAAGAAGUAUCUUUGGGGCUUCACGCUGUUUGGCUGGGGACUCCCUGCUGUAAUUGUCACAGUGUGGGCCAGUGUGAGGGCCAAUCUAGCAGACACAGAGUGUUGGGACUUGAGUGCCAGCAAUUUACAAUGGAUAUUUCAGGUGCCCCUCCUGGUAGCUAUUGUGGUAAAUUUUAUUCUUUUUAUCAAUAUUAUCCGAGUCCUAGCAACCAAGCUACGGGAGACAAACGCAGGGAGGUGCGAUACGAGACAACAGUACAGGAAGCUGCUGAAAUCUACCCUUGUCCUUAUGCCUCUGUUUGGAGUUCACUAUAUAGUUUUCAUGGCUUUGCCAUAUACAGAGGUGUCAGGGAUUCUUUGGCAAGUUCAAAUGCACUAUGAAAUGCUGUUCAACUCUUUCCAGGGAUUUUUUGUUGCCAUCAUAUACUGUUUUUGCAAUGGAGAGGUUCAAGCCGAAAUAAAGAAGUCAUGGAGCAGGUGGACUUUAGCCCUUGACUUUAAAAGGAAAGCACGAAGUGGGAGCACGACCUAUAGCUAUGGACCCAUGGUCUCCCAUACCAGCAUCACUAAUGUAACCACCAGAGGGGCCCUAGCCCUACAUCUCAAUACGAGACUUGUACCGGGUGCCCUCAACGGACACCGAAAUUUGCCAGGCUAUGUCAAAAAUGGCUCAAUUUCUGAAAACUCCAUGCCUUCUUCUGGGCCAGAGCAGUACAACAAAGAAGAGGAGUACCUGAACGGCUCUGGACUUUAUGAUGGAGACAGACCCACGGUACUUGUUGAAGAAGAAAGAGAGACAGUGAUGUAA